GGCAUACCAUACGUGCACGUUCAGUUUGUAAACAUUGAUCAUCAAACUUUUGGACAGACUCUGUCACUCAUGGAUGGAAAAUAGAAAAUGUGCUAAAUCCACCUGAAUGGCUCUCCAGAAAACUGUAUUGCUGAGCUCUGUUCUCCUCUCGGUGUGUUGGGGUGCCCUACAGGACCAGAGGAACGUUCCUCAGUACCAUGAGCUGAUAAGACAAGGUCAUGUCAAGCUAACUCAGGGGGAGUCUGAACCCGAUUUUAUCCACAGAUUCAAUGGUACCACUAUAUUACAGAAAAUGCUUUCACUGGAUUCGAUGUAUGACCAGGCUUUGCUCCUAAAGAAGGAAUUUGUGACUGAUCUUGGGUCUCGGAUCAAAAUGUCGGCGGGUUGUGUUGUUGGACUUCAGCUAUUACUUGAUGGUUUGAAGGAAAGAAGUCUUUGGUCUCUUAAAAUGCUUGAUGCCAUAGGAAAAGUUCCCAGUGGUAUAUUAGAUGGUGAUUUCAUGUGGCCCGGUCAGUUUGAUGAGUGUAACUCAAUAAGUCAGUCAUUCACAGAUAGAAUCCCUUAUAAUGAGACUUUCCUGGUUCGAGGGAAAUAUUUUGUUGCAGGAUUGGGGAAUCCUUUGGGGUAUAACGCUACUGAUCUUAGGAUGGGAGUCUGCCUGCCUGAUGCAUGUACUGCGACUGAUGUUAAAGAAGUGAUGGAAUUAGCAUUUUUAGAGCUGUACCAAUAUACAAAUAAAACAAUCAAGCUUUCUCUGAAAUAUGUUUAUCAUCAAGAGACAAAGUACAAGAGCACUCCAGAGUUUAUUGCUGCCAGUGUGAUCUGUUCCAUAAUUGGUUUUCUGUUAUUGCUGGGCACUCUUUACGACAUGUUUAUAAAUCAAGAUGUCGACUCCUCGGAAAUCGGAGAUGUGAGGGUUCAUAAACAGGACAGUGACGCACAGUCCGUUAAUUCUGACACCACGCAUCUGAUGUCGGAUGGAACUCGAGUAUCUGUCUUGUCAUUCAGAAACAAGGUCUUACACAACAGUAAACUGAGGAAGUUUUUACUGACUUUUUCAAUCAGCACUAAUGGCAGUAAGGUUCUCAACACUGAUGCCCUCCCGCCUACUGCAUUGCCCGCUCUCAAUGGGAUGAAGGUCCUGAGUAUGGGCUGGGUCAUUCUGGCUCACUCCUAUUACUUCACACGGGCCUAUGCAAGAAAUAUUAUACCUGCAACUCUGAAUUGGUAUCAAAGAUGGACCUUCCAGAUCGUGAAGAAUGGAAAUUAUGCCGUGGAUUCAUUCUUUCUGCUCAGCGGUUUGUUGGUAAGUUAUUUGACCCUCAAAGAGUUACAGAAAAGAGACGGGAAGCUGAACUGGUUACUAUUCUACUUCCAUAGAUUCUGGAGGUUGACCCCUACCUUUAUGCUGUUUAUCCUGGUGUACACGGCCUACUUCCAGUACUGGGGCUCGGGACCUCUCUGGCCCCUGACGUCACCCGACUACCAGAGGUGUAAGAAUUACUGGUGGAGGAAUCUUCUGUAUAUCCAGAGCUUCUUCCCCGUCAGUGAAGAGUGCAUUGGUUGGGGUUGGUACCUUGCAAAUGACAUGCAGUUUUUUGUAAUUUCACCAUUUAUAAUAUACCCUUUGUACAGGUUAGUGUUGUUUGGAUACAUUAUAAUACUGUCUCUUAUGGUGAUGCAGUUGGUUUUCAGGGGGAUAAUAUCAGUACAACUGCAUAUGAACUUGAACCAAUCACCCAACCCGGUAGAGUCAUUUGAUAAGAUGUACCAAAAGCCCUAUGCCAGAAUAGCCCCAUACCUUAUUGGAGUUCUAACAGGAUACUUCAUGUGGAAAUCAGAGAGACGAGUCAAGCUGCCAAAAGUGACUGUGGUGUUGGGAUGGAUUAUUGCCCUGGUUUGUGUGUCUUCUUUGGUGUUUGGGAGCACUGAACAGAAUAGGGGUCAUAAAUUCUCCACAGCAGUUUCUGCCCUUUACAACUCUUUGUCAACUACAACUUGGGGCUUGGGUGUAGCAUGGAUUAUUUUUGCCUGCAGUAUAGGAUAUGGAGGUUUUAUCAACACGUUCCUGUCGGCCCGUCUGUGGUCUCCCCUCAGUCGCCUGACCUACUGUGCCUACCUGGUUCAUCCCGUCAUCAUGUUUGUCUACCUUUUGAGCCAAAGAGAUACUUUGUACUUCUUUGACAUCAACAUGGUGAGUACAACUCAAACUUUAACUUCAAUCUACAGUAUGAUGCAAAAUAUAUUCGUACAAAAUGGCGGCAUGUUUACAUUCGCGACGAAAGUAGGCCAACAUUGAAACUUGUCUAUUUCAUCUCUGAAAUAAAAUAAAUCAAAAAUAAAUUUUCAAAAACGCCAGCGUGGCGCAGUGGUUAGAGCGUCUGCUUUAGAGUCGCGAAGAAAGGAGUCAAUCCUUACGUCGCGGGUUCGAAUCCCACCGGGGGGCGU